AUGAACGCGAAACACAAGACCCAGAUCAACUUCCAAUUCGCCAUGCUCAACUGGCUUACUUCACUUGUCUGGCUACUUGCCUGCUUAAGCCUUGUAUUAGCAGUGCCUGUCGACACGCCUGCCGGUAAUGUCACAUCUAUAGCAAGGCGCAAUACUGCGAACCUCAUCCUAAGUAAAUUCCCUGUGCGCCGAUACAACUGGUUCAUCUUCCAGGGACCCCAAGGAAUCGCAGUGGAUCCUUGCCUGGACCCUAAAGAUGAUCCGAACUUCGAGCGGGUCUACUUCGGAAGGGAACUCGCGGGCGAGGAGGACGACAUCGCCCAUCCGCCGUUUCCCCCUCUCAGUGUAUACGCUGACAUCGAGUAUUCCGAAGACUGCCAUUACAUUGGUAGCGGCGUCGACGCUGGUGUCCUCAAGAAACGUACUCGUCCUCAAAAAGUUUGCCUACUUAACGCACUCACUUCUCACCACGAGCUUGUCGAGAUAUCGAGCUCCAACGCCAAUUCAGAAUAUCGCGUCUCCGUUCAUACACACUUCAUCAACUCGACACAGCCGGCCUACGAAUCAAUAGCAACUAUGUCUUCCUUAGUCACCUACCUCGUGUGGCUCUUCGUCGGCCUCGGCUUCGUUCUUGCCGCACCCGCUGAGCAGUUUGCAGACCACCCCACUGCCGGUCCGUAUCCCUACUCCCUCCAGAUCCAGGUCGAGGAGGUAGACACCAAGUACUACGUGUGGGACAUCUUCCAAGGACCUAGCGGCGUAGCCGUGAACCCUUGUGGAGACACUCGCUUCGAGAAGGUCUAUCAUGGCGAGCCCGGAUGGCACACCAACAAGCCAGACAUGGACAGCCCUCCUUACCCUCAGAACUACUUGCCGUUCGUUCCCGAGUUCGAGGUCCCGAUCGAGUACGGCAACCGCGGCGACUGUGCCUACCACGCCACUGGCAAAGACGCGGGCCAGUUUCGUUGCGGCGACUACUACAUCAUCGACUGCGCCAAGGACCCUCGAUAUGGACAACAAGUUUCUUGCGCUUAUCCUGAAGGCCUGGACGAAACGCACAAUAACAUCUUCUUCAACAUGUUCGCGUGGCUCACCCUCCUCAUGGGCCUAUCCAUCAGUCUACUAUUCGGCGCGACCACUGCAACAUCUGCCCAGUUCUUGAGCCCCGAGGCGCAGGCUAAUCGCACCGCACAUGGUCUGCAAGCUGAUGUGUUCACCAAUUCGGUUCAGAUCAUUCUUGAGCGUUACUCGAUUGCGGACUUCUACUGGUCGUUGUAUCUAGGUCCUUAUGGUGUGAAGAUGAAUGCCUGCAAACCAGGAGACUUCAAGCUCGGCUCGCAGAUAGGUGAUUUCGACUAUGAUCGCAACGACAUCAACAACCCCCCAAACCCACCCGCGACGGAGCUACCUGUUCCCGAGUGGAUGGGCCGCAAGGACUGCAACUGGAAGACCAACGGUCACGGUGAUGUCGGUCAGUUCGUAUGUGGCGACUGGAUGAUCUACGACUGUGAGCGAGAUGCGAGUUGGAACGAUGGAGCGAUCUCAUGUACCGGCCAAGGUUGGUCGUACCAUCGGGGAUACGCCUGCAAUUUCUAG